CAGGAGGAUCAUCUUCUGUCCGGCAUGCAUGCCACCCAACCACGCGAGGCACGUAAGCCAAACUGUGUCACCGAAUAUUUCUGUCUCCAUGACAAUGUCAUAUGAGAGAAAAAAUAUUCGUAAAAAAGCUUAUAAGAACUGUCGACGAAUAUCACAACACUAAUUCUGAACGCAUAGGCUUUAUGAGGCUGUUUGGAUUGACGCCCGAGGCUGCCAAGCCAAAAUAUUGGCGUUGACCGGGCACAUGGGCAUCGUUUGGAUCGAAACCAAUUCUUUGGCGUGCCCUGACCACCUUCAGCUUUCUAGUUCAUUUUUUUUGCCAAACUAUCGGUCAGGGCAUGGGCGGCAAAAAGCCUAUGCAUUGACGGGGUCAGCGUGGGCGAUAUCCAAACAGCCCCUACAUAUGUUUUAUGGACCUUCUCUAACUAAUCUUCUCCCACCCCUCUUAAUUUCAGUGAGGGUGGGCCCCUCAUCCAGAUUUCUACCCAAUCAGAAAAUCCCAGCCAAGCCUGUCCGUUGACUCCGUAAUGGGCCCCUCAUACAGUCGCAAGUGAUGGGUAGUCUGGGAAAACCCUAGGCCAUUUCUCAGACUACCCAUCAGGGCCGGAGAAGUGUGAAUAGGCCAUUUCUCUAACUACCUUUCUUCUUACCAGCGAGCGAGCGAGCGAGCGAGCGAAUCGUCACACCGAACCGAUGGCCGCCGCCGCCGCCCUCGCGGAAGCCAGCAAGUGGCUGGCCGUCUCGGCGAAAGCCGUCGCCGAAGCCAGCAACUGGGCCUCCGUCGCGGCGAAAGCCUGGGAGUCCGACGAGGACGCCGACAAGCGCUUGUCCAUCGCGUCGAACGCGGCCGCCGAAGCCAAGAAGUGCGCCGCCGUCGCGGCGAAAGCGGCCGCCGAAUCCAAAAAGUGGUCCUCCAUCGCGAUAUCCAAACGCAAGUCCCUCGCUGUGGUGCCCCCUUCUCGGGACAAGGCAGGCAUCAAGAAUGGCUUCAAGGAGGAGGAGGAGGAGGAGGAGGAGGAGCUGCUGGUCAUCACCAACCCUAAGCUGGGCAGUCUCAUCUACCAUUGCUUCAACAUUGCCUUUGUGUUGGAGGUGCUCUUCUUUAUGGCCCAUGUUGUCUUCUGUUACAACGCGGUUGAAGUCUGGUGGCAGGCUCUGGCAGCUGUUGUGAUAGUGUCGCCUCUCUUCAUAAUGAUGCUUAGGGAUGUUUUCGUGAGGGCGUAUGCCAUGGGAACCCCCAACGUUUGCAGCAACAAAUUACUGUCCUGUGAGCAAGUGCAAGCAGAUGAGUGGUCAGUUGUAGUGAAAAGAGUAAGCGCACUGCCGUCUGGGUAAAGUCUUUUUAGCUGUGUGUGAUGAACUAGCGGUGGUAACUGAGUGGGCUGGAAUGGUUGACAUAUAUGUCCUGGGUUGUACUGCGCGCCCGUCCUUAUAAGAUAGAUCGAUCACCUGUUUGUCUGGAUUUUUUUAGUUUGUCAAUAGCUUUGUUCCUAAAUGAUUAUUCUGCUGCUAAACGCCUGAACCUUGUGGAGCUAGCAGAAUAAAUUAAACUGCCAAAACUUCUUAUAUUUA